AUGGUUCGCAAGUAUCUGCGACAAACAUCUAGGCAAGAUUGGUCAUUGGAGUCAAUGGAAGACGCUGUAAAUGCUGUUAUAGAAGGUCAUAUGGGUUCUUUCAGUGCUGCUCGACAGUUCAGCGUGCCACAGGCAACGACUGAACGACAUGUGGCAAAGAAACGUGCUAAUCCUGGCUAUACAGUUGUGAAAAGGUUAGGACCAAUCACUAGUGUGUUUACCUCUGAACAAGAGGCGGAACUGAAAGACUACUUAACACAGAUGGAAGGACAGUAUUUUGGCCUAACACUUAAAGAACUUUGUGAACUUGCUUCUCAGCUAGCUGAACGAAACAACAUCAAACAUCCAUUUAAUACUGCAUACGAAAACCAGAGGCCACAUCAAUCGCACGAGCAUUGGGAAAGUCAAUUAGACACAUUCAAGUUUACGGGAGACAGAAUUUUCAAUUGCGAUGAGACUGGUUUAACAGUCAUUCCAAAAGGUCGCACAAAGGUGGUUGCUUUGAAAGGGCGCAGACAGUUGGGAGCAGUUACUUCAGCAGAAAGAGGCCAGACUGUGACUGCAAAAAUCGGUGUUUCAGCGUCGGGGCUCUACGUACCAGCUAUGUUAAUUUAUCCUCGAAAACGAAUGCAACAAGCGUUUGCGACUGGCCUGCCCCCUGGUGCUUGGGCAGAAGUCCAAGAAACUGGUUGGAUGACGAAAGAACUAUUUUUGACUUGGUUUAAGAAGUUUAUUGUAUUUACUGGAGCGUCGAAGGAAAGACCAAUACUUCUCUUAUUGGACGGCCACAAAACGCACACCAAGAAUUUAGAACUGAUAAAUGUGGCCCGCGAAAAUGGGGUUGUCUUGCUGUGUUUGCCACCACACUGCUCACACCGUCUUCAACCACUGCACGUGGCAUUUAUGAAACCUCUCAGUAAAUUUUACGAAGAUGAAGUAACAUCGUGGCUUCGCACCCAUCCUGGAGAAGUUGUUACGCUGCAUCAGAUCGCAAGUUUAUUCGGCAAAGCCUUCAUUCAUUCAGCUACAAUGUCCACAGCAGUGAAUGGGUUUCGGAAAACUGGCAUUUGGCCUGUAAACAGAAAUGUAUUUCAAGAAAGUGAUUACCUUCCCUGUUCAACUACAGACAUUCAUCAAGCUCACACAUCUGGAGUUACAGAAACGGAAGACCAAAUACCAGAGAUGUUAUCAAGAUGUAAAACACCUGAACAAUUAACAACUGACGAUCAACCCUCUGUUUCGUCUAACUUUCAGGUUACCAGCCCUGAAAUGGUGUUAGAUAUUCCAAAGGUGGAUAAAAAAAAACCAAAAUGA